AUGCGGGUUCAAGAUUUGGCGGAGGUGGUUCAAGCCUUGAAUCAACGUUUUGAGGAAUCACAAUCUCAAAUAUCAUUGAUGGUUGCUCAAAUGAAACAAUUGAAUGAGUCUGUGGGGUCUCUUCACGCACGGCCAGGAAAUUCACCGGAAUCCCAUCAAGAACCAUUUACACAACCUGUUUUGUCGGACACGGGAAAUUUGCAGAACCCUAUGGGUCACAGAGAGAUGGGAGAUCCCAGAUCGUUGUUGAAGUUCGUUAAAAUGGAGAUUCCCUUAUUUGACGGUACAAACCCUGAUAAAUGGAUCUUCAAAACGAAACUUUUCUUUGAUUUGCAAAGGGUUCCACCGGAAUUACAAGUGCAACUCGCUGGGUUACGUAUGGAGGGACAAGCGUCUUCGUGGUUUCAAUGGAAGUAUAGAAGCGGAACCAUUCGUGGGUGGUCCGAGUUCACAACAGCUUUGCGUCAACGUUUUGCAGUUAUUCCUCAGAAACGUGUGACAGGGAACUUGUCAAAGUUAUCACAGACAGGUACAUUGAAAGAUUAUCUGUUUGAGUUCGAAAAAUUGAUGAAUCAGACACAAAAUCUUAAUGAGGAAUUAUUGUUAAGUUUUUUUGUCUCUGGUCUGACACCUGAUUUGAGGAGAGCGCUGGAGAUUCAUGACCCAAAAUCGUUGCAACAAGCCAUGGAAUUGGCAGUAGUGUACGAUUCACAUUACUCAGGUUUACGGGUGUCUUUAAAUUCGGGACCAAAGAAGAGUCAGUUUCGUUCAUAUUCAACGAAUGAGCUUCAUGGAGGACAGAGUUCAAAUUCAACAGCUCCUGCUGUCUCUGGUACAGCUUCCACGUCUGUCAACAAGGCUUCUGUAGGGUCUUCCGUUCCCUUUAAGAAGUUAUCAAAUGAAGAAAUGAGUAAGAAAAGGGAGCUAGGUCUGUGUUAUACAUGUGACGAAAAAUGGACUUCCAAGCAUAGGUGCCCCAGUAAGAUGUUGAUAAUGGUGAGGGAUGACACCGAUGAAGAGGGAGCUGAAGGGGAAGAAAUUGUUUGGAACUCUCAACCUAUACCUCAGGAAGACGCAGCAUUACAUUCUUUAACUGAAGGAUCAAUGUCUAAGGCCUUUAAUUUUGUGGCUGACAUACAUGGUACGAAAACAACGGUGUUAGUGGACACGGGAAGCACGCACAAUUUUGUAAAGAAGGAGCUGGCAUUGGAGUUAGAACUACCUAUGAUUCGUAUCAAGAGGAUGAGGGUGUUUCUUGGUAAUGGGGAGUUUCUGGUUUGUGAUCACAAAUGCAAAGCUGUCAAAUUGCAGUUACAAGGGGAAAUCUUCUUGGUGGACUUGUGGGUGCUCAAUCUGGCAAACCUUGGAGUCAUUUUAGGAAUGUGUUGGUUGGAACAGUUGGGGACAGUUACCCAUGAUUACAAAAACAUGGUGAUGGAAUUCACAUGGAGGAGCAAGGAGGUCAGAUUGUCAGCUACCAAGGCACAUGACUUUGGGGAAACAAAGAAUAGGAGACAAGCUGAAUGCUGGACAAUGCAAGAAAAGCCUAUAACUGGUGUUGUAUCUGAGGUCAGUGUUGAUUUAAUGAAUUUAAAAGCUUCGGUUGAUGACUCGCUUUGGCAGUUACUGUUGAAAUACCAAUCUGUUUUUGCUAUACCGAAUGCAUUACCUCCUGUUCGCAAUAUGGAUCAUGCCAUUAAUGUAGAGCAAGGCAGUAGACCGGUUCAUGUGAGACCAUACAGAUAUGGUCAUUACCAGAAGGAAGAAAUUGAAAGGCAGGUGACAGACUUGAUGGCUUCUGGCUUUAUUAAGCACAGUACGAGUCCAUAUUCAUCCCCAGUUCUGUUAGUGAAAAAACAGGAUGGCACAUGGAGGAUGUGUGUGGAUUAUCGGGCUCUAAACAAGAUCACCAUCCAGGAUCGUUUUCCCAUGCCCACCAUUGAUGAAUUGAUGGAUGAAUUGGGGGGGUUCUUCAACGUUUUCGAAGCUGGAUCUGAGGGUCGGGUACCACCAAAUCAGGAUGCUGCCGCGGGAUAUUCCUAA